AAUGUUAAAUAAAGCAUUGGUGUUCGUGACAAUUAGCAUGCCAAGACUAAACAAAGACAUAAUAACACCACCAAUUCUAAUUGUGAGCUGGAUUUCACAACUUAUUUUGAGGUAUGAGCCGAUUUCACUUAUCAGCUCUACAGUGAAAAAUUUGGCUAUAAAUCUUUAAUGCCUUUCGAAAUGCAAACCACGCUACCACGAAUGAAGACUGAGGACUAAUAAAAUACUAAUACUAAUAAACUAACAAUAACUAAGACGAAGUCGACUUCAACGAAAAAUAGUAUUUUCUCUCUAUUUUUUUUUAUUGAGCUACUUGAUAACGAAUCAAACCUAUUGCCAACUAUUGCUUAUUGGAAUUUAGCUAUUUUAGUUUUGUAUACUUGCAAUGAUUCAGUUAUCUACUUAGACUUAGACUAAUUCUAAUAAACAUUGAUUACAUUUUACUUUUACCCAGUUUUAAUUUUUACUUUUUUAUUAUUAUUAUUAUGCUGAACCUGAAAUAGUAUGGAUCGGCCCUCCUUAGAACGCUGGUCUAAAAUUCAAAACACUAUCACUAGUCAACACCGAUCCCAAAUUCAAAACGUUGGUAAAAUGCAUCCAAUGAGCAGUUACUUUGGCAGUCCAAUAAUUUUUUUACCAAGUUCAUGGUCAAAUGUGAUAAUUUUCACUCAACAUGACAUAAAAAGUACUCUCUAAAAAUGUGUACUUUGUUGCUAAAGUCAUUAGAGUAAGCACCACUGGAAAGCACACUAGUGGAUAGGAAAGAGGCCAUGGCGUGUUCCAUCUUGUUGAACUUCAAAUGAAUUCCAACACUCAAUUCAGUAAAAGUUGGCCAGCACUACGUACACCGCGGUGGUGUACCUAGCGAAACUAUUGACUUUGGCCUGCGUACACCGCGGCGGUGUACCUAGCUAAAUCAUGGUCUGUGGCCUGCGUACAACGCAGCGAUUUUAAGUAACAAAACUAUGGUCUUUGGGAGUCUUUAACUUUUUGGCCUAACCGGUACUUGUAGAUUUAAUGUUAUACUCGUGUUAAAACUGAAAACUAUUUAUUUAAAAAUCGUUUAGUACUAUGGGAGGAGGAUAUUGAUUAAGUUCCACGCUUAUGUGGCAAAGUACUUGUAGAGCAUUUCUUAUUAUUUUUUUUGGAAGGUGUAAUGUUAAACCAUGAUUUAUUUUUGAAGGUAACCACUUUAUUCUCCCCCCCCCCCUUCCCUCCCCAAUAUAUUGAAAUACAAAUAUAUUUAUUUAUUGUAAGUUUUAUCAUAUGAUUGUGAAUCUUAAUAGGCAUAAAAAGGGUAGCUAAUUUGUUUGGGGGGGGGGGGCAUUAUAAAUAUAACAUUGUAUGUGAUCCCUCGGGGCGUGGUGCAAAAAUGAAUGAGAAAGCCAGUGAAUCUAUUUUGUUAGCACCAAGAUAUAAUUACGACACAAAUACACUACGGGAAAAGAAUCACAUGGUCAUACAUUGAUCAUGAAGUCGUGAAGUUAAAGUUGUCCGAGGCAUUGUCAUUGUGAUACCAAGCAUGUGUCAACACAAAACAAUAGUAUGCUGAUAAAUACGAAACACUGCAGUGAUUUUUAAAGUCUUUUAACAAUAAUUAAAUAUCAUUGAUUUAAAUUUUACAUUGGCAUUACACGUUAGUAAAAAAUGCCGGCGGAGGGGGGGGGUGAUGCAAAAGGUAAGUUUGUUGUGCGGACGUCCUUUGGGGACAACCCUUAUCCAGAGCCGUGGAUUGUGUAGGCCCUUUUUUUGGUUAAGCCUCUGCCCAUAACUCACCCCCCACCCCGGCAAGGGUCGAUUUCUUAAAAAAAAAAAACAACAACAAAUACAAAAACUUUGACAUAGUGCUAAUCCUGUCCCAAGCCCAAUGUGCAAUGGUUUCUGUGAGAAAGCGUCAUGUUUUACCCUGAGAAUAGCACAUGCCAUGCCAUUCUGGAAACAAAUUCCGUCAUGAAAAGGGUAAACGCAGACCUAUUCCUAUGGCUUUGCUAUAGACGUAAGUUUCUAAAAUCGAGGUGUUUUCAAAAGAUUUGCUGUGAAACUGAGUGUUGUGAAUGAACCUUUGAUAUCGUGUGUACAUUUUGCCAAUGCAUAAGGCAAGAUGAAAGCAAGAUGGUUCAAGGUUGAAAUACGACCAUGCACAAUAAUGACAUUAAUAUUCAUACUCAUAUGAUAUUAAUGAUAUACUGGUAUUUUCUUUGGGUGUUCGUAAAAGUAAAAUGUAAAUAUUCAACUACACGAAGAUUGUUGAAAUACAAUAGGAUAUCACUUAGUAUUCAAAAUGUUUCUGUUAUACAUGUUACAUACACUAUACAUGCGCUUUCAGAAACUUUAAGUUUAUUUUCUAAUGUCUAAAUGUCUUAUUACUAAAUUUACCGGUAUUUUCAAAGUCAAAGGCUGGCACAACUUGUUGAAACACUAUAAUAUAUAUAUAUAUAUAUAAUUUAAUACAAUAUUCAAAAAUAUGUUUAAAUUGUUUAAUUUGCUACAAAAUAUUUUAAAACUAAAAUAGGAGGAACAAAAACUCGAUCCCCUACUGGGAAUUGAUCUCGAAAUAUAUUAACGCCAAGCAUCCACUCUACCACUUGACCACACAAGAUCUGCAACUACAAGUAUAUCUUAAAAGAAGACCAAUGGUACAUUUUUGCCGCGGUGUACCCAGGCCAAAGCCCACAAUUUCGCUAGAUACACCGCCGCGGUUUACGCAGGCCAAAGCCGAUGGUUUCGCUAGGUACACCGCCGCGGUGUACGCAUCCACUUCGGUAAAAGUUGGUGUACUUGUAGUUUACAAUGGUGUCCAAACUUUCAAUGCUUUUGAAAAGCAAAACAUGCUUACAUUUCACUUCCAAAGCCCAAUAGAAUAUCAUGACAAUAUUUCGUGUGCUUAGCCUUAGUCCACUGUUUGCAAACAAUGACCAGCAGUGCAUGUCAAAUUGCAAGGAUGGCAUUUCCAUACGUAAAUGUAAGCAUCAGGUGACUUAGUACGUUGAUAGUUUUGAGACAGUGUGCAGCAAGACACUCUAACCAUAGCAUGCAGUCAUGCAUCCUAGAAUACAGUGCCUUCUGCGUUUUGCCAUAAGUUUGCAGAAUGUUUCCUAGUAAAACAUAAUUUGCAAUAUAAUAUUGACAUUACAAGAAAUUAUUUUGCAAGGCAGCUACAUUCAUUCAGAAUUGUAGACAUAAACAAUUACAUCACCAAUUAUCAGGGCUGACUGGCACUUUCAAACAAAAAGUAUGCCAAAAUAUCUAUGUAUAUUGGAGGUAGAGCCCAGACCUUGCAAACCCUCAGGUAUUGUAGGGGCCUAAAGUUGUGAUGUUAAGAAACUUCACUAACUCUUAAAUUUGAAUGCUGCAAGGUGGGAUUGCAAACCAAAAAUGGCAGUUGGGCUCCAGUAAUCAUGUGCUAGCUCUGGGUAAAUUUAUGGUUUAGUCCUAGAGGAAAUGGAGGAUGAGGAACCACAUUGACUUUAUCAUUAACUUAAAACUUUCUCUUUAAAUACAGUCUAAUUAAUUUACAAUUUAACUGCUUCCUACAUUAAAUAUAAGAUUUGCAAACAAAUAUUUUUUUGGUAAAUUUACUGUGCUUGUGAUCUACUUUUUUUUUUUUACAUGGCCACCAUCUUCGUUGCCAUGACACCAAACAAGGAUGAUGGCCAUAUCAAAAAAGUAGUGCACAAACACAUCUAUUAAAAAGGAAAAGGGAGAGAAUGUUGUUUUUAGCUACCACACUUAACUAGGAAAAUGAUAGGUAUGGGUUAUUAUUUUUAAAAAGACAUGUUUUGAAACUUGUAUUGUUUUAAAAAAAUAUUAUUAAAGAACAUUUGUCUCUGUUACAGCUGAGUAAUGUCUUCGUCCCUUGCAAAAAUGAAAGCUUCAGAAAAAUCAGAAGCAGUCACAGUACAUAACGGAAAUGCAAAACAUCUAGAGUCAAGUAAUGGUACAUCUGCUGUCAGUAUUACAGAUGGUGCCAAAAGUACCGGCCGUAAAGACAGAAGGAAAGAAUGGUGGGAUAAGAAGAAAAAACCUGAAAAGAAGAUUGUGCAGAAAACCAAAUCAGAUACUGAAAGAGAGGGUCAACACCGAAAUGUGGAAGUAGAUGUACUUACAGCUGGGAGCGGUGAUGGUGUGCAGACUGAACAGAGGACAAAGCUUCGUGAGUUUACCAAUAUUUCUCUCUAUUGCGUCAUUUAAUUAAAUUUGCUCUACUUUGCGCUGUUAAUUAUUCAACAAUAUAUUUACAACAGACCUGUUUACCGUCAAACUCUUAAAAGCGUACGAUAUCUACACAAAAUCGUUCAAUACAUUAUCUUAAUAGAAAAACAAGUAAACAAACAGGAUGAUUAAUGUAUACACCUCAAAAUCGUACAUUGUAUGCCAAAAUCGUAAGAGUAAACAGGUCUGUUAUAACAAUAGUAAUUAGUUUGUUUUGUGCAUUACAAUAUUAGCCCUUGUUUUAAAUUUCAGGUAACAGAGAAACCAUAGCGAAGCCUGACAGUUUAAAAUAUGAGCCUGACUUUAACCGUGGCUUCCACAGCAAAAUUAUGCAGAACCUGUACACAGACACAUCAAAGAAAAAGAGAAAAAAGAACAGCCGACAAGAAACCCAGAAAAGGAAAUCAAUGUCUGCCUCAAACGAUGAGCAGGAGAGUGGCAAAAAACUGAAGCCGGGAGAAGAAAGUGAAGUUUUGGAUUUGUACAAAUUUUCUUUGAACUUGAUCAAUGGAGAUGUUGACACAUCCAAAUCGGCAACAUCAAAGGAUUCAAAAAACAAAUAUGUCUUGUUCAUUGGUAAUCUCCCUUUCGAUAUCACAAGGGAACAGUUAGAAGACCACUUCAGAAAAACUGGUAAGUCAUUAACUUUUUACUCUUUUUGAGGAGUCUUGGUGUUAUACUCUCUACAUGCCAAAGAACUUGUAUACUAAUCUGUGUACCCGGCGGUUGCCACUUUAUGCGUCAUUCGGGUGUUCCGACAAAUGCAUCCAAAUGCUACACACCUCUCAAGAUUUUUUUUAAAAUAGCAAAACAUUCUCGAAUCCCUCUAGACUUCUGGCGAUUGCAUGAUUUCAAGUUUUUUUUUUUAAUGUUUCACUUUCAAUCUUUGUGUGCUUUAGUACAGUGUGUGUAUAUCUAGCAUGUGUUCAUCUGAGGUUCCAAAAAUAGAUUUUUCGGUCAUUGCUUGUUAUUCGUUCACAGUUAAUGUUGUAUUUCUUUUAUUAAACCUAAUUCAUUUCUGGAUGCAUUUAUCCUAAAUUCAUUAUUAUUGAUUAAGGCUUAAAAAGUAUUGUACAAAUGUAAACCAAUUUCAAGACUGCGUUUCCUCCCCUGCUUGGGCAUACAAAUUAAAUACGGAACUAGAAGUGCCAUCAAGAAUGAAUUAAGUUGCCUAAAGUUGUGAUGUGUAAAAAGUGUUAACUGUCAACUUUGAAUGCAUAGGAUUCAAAACAAAAAUUGUUCAGGGGGCCUCCAAAAGUCACAAGACAGCUCUGUCUGCAUACCAUACAUGUUGUUAACACUUUACAUACUCUAAAAUUGAUAUACUUUCUACAUACCCUACAAGACGAAUACUCUGUGCAUUCCCUUUAAGUUGUAGACAUUGCAUAUGGUUGUACUCUCUACAUACCCUAUUAUUUGUAAUUAUGGUCAGCUUGACACUUUUAACUAUCAGCAAAUCAUUCUUCAAAAUCCAAAAAAGUACUUUAACUACUCGCAUUGACUGGACUACUAUAGGUUUUUCACAGUGGGUGGCUUGGCUAAUCUGGCUAGUGAUGGAAACCGAAUUGAAUGACUGUUCAUUUAAUUUUUAACAAUGAUAUUUUUUAAGUUAAAAAGAGAUAUUUGCUUAUGUUUCCUUGAAGUUUUCCUUUUAAAAUUUUUGUGAUAAACCAAACAUAAUAUUUUAAUGAAUGAACAUUUUGUUAUUACUCUCUUAAGAAAUGACAAAUCUCUUACAUGUUAACCAUCAUUAGUAUUUCAAAGUAUCUUAAAUGUAAAUUCUUUUAUUUAGCAUUAUUUCCAUUUGUAGAAUAUGUAGAUGCCAAAGAUGUAAAGAACUAAGAAAAGAUUCUUUUUGAUCCAAAUAAAUGGAAAUUUUUUUUUUUUAGUACAUAAAAUUAAUUUCAAAUACAUAAAUAAAUACAUGUUUUUACCUAGACAACAUUUUACAAUUAUAACAAUUUAUAUUCAAGACAUCUAAAGUAUUUCUGUAGCAUAGAUAUUAGCCAUUAAUGAACUCAUUGAGUGACAUUAAUGACUUCAUUGUGAUCAUUUAGAUUUGAUAACUGCUGGGGGAGCACGCUAGUAAAUUCGUACAUAUGGGAAAAAAAUAAUUUUCAUAUCUGUUUGGUCCCAACUUUAACAGAGAGAAUUCGCCCUAAUCAAGCUGAUCUUAAGUAUCUGUGAUGAGGAGGGUGGGAUGUAUCAUCCAUUCUCACAUAUAUUGUCCUAAUUUUUGCCCAUGUAAAUCAGAUGAAUCAUGGGCUGUUGUAAAUGUUUUUUGUAAGUUUUACUGCCACUGAAGAGUUUUUGUAUUUCAGGUGGCAUCAAAUCAAUCCGCAUUCCUCGAGACAAAGGGACUGAGAAGGGCAGGGGUUUUGCUUAUAUGGAGUUUGACGGUCGUAUUAGUCAUGGGGUAGGAACUGUUUUUUUUUUAUGAUAUGCAUUGUAUGAGCAAAGUUUUAAUGUGGUCAGUGAUAUGCUUAGUGGGAAGGGAAAACGUGAGUGGUGUGUUAACAUAGUUUUCUAUGCCACUUUGAUACGAGUGGUAGCCAUUUUAAAACAAUGUCACUUGCCUUAACCAUAAAAUAUGACACAGUGCCCCAUGGGGCUGCCAACUCACUGUCUGAAAUUAUUUGGCCUAAAAUGACUUGUCCGUAAAAUAUACAUACAAUUCUUUAGGAUGCGCAUGAAAAUGAGACAUUGUUGCUAUACAAACGGCUUCCAGAGCAGAGAUCUCAACUUUUGUGAUUUCUUUUUGCUUUCUUGAAACUUGUAUGAUCAAAGUCAGGAGAAAGUGAACACUGAUGAGAAUGCCAUUAGACAAAGUCAGGAGAAAGUGAACACUGAUGAGAAUGCCAUUAGACAAAGUCAGGAGAAAGUGAACACUGAUGAGAAUGCCAUUAGAAAGUGAACACUGAUGAGAAUGCCAUUAGACAAAGUCAGGAGAAAGUGAACACUGAUGAGAAUGCCAUUAGAAAGUGAACACUGAUGAGAAUGCCAUUAGAAAGUGAACACUGAUGAGAAUGCCAUUAGAAAGUGAACACUGAUGAGAAUGCCAUUAGACAAAGUCAGGAGAAAGUGAACACUGAUGAGAAUGCCAUUAGACAAAGUCAGGAGAAAGUGAACACUGAUGAGAAUGCCAUUAGAAAGUGAACACUGAUGAGAAUGCCAUUAGAAAGUGAACACUGAUGAGAAUGCCAUUAGAAAGUGAACACUGAUGAGAAUGCCAUUAGAAAGUGAACACUGAUGAGAAUGCCAUUAGAAAGUGAACACUGAUGAGAAUGCCAUUAGAAAGUGAACACUGAUGAGAAUGCCAUUAGAAAGUGAACACUGAUGAGAAUGCCAUUAGAAAGUGAACACUGAUGAGAAUGCCAUUAGAAAGUGAACACUGAUGAGAAUGCCAUUAGAAAGUGAACACUGAUGAGAAUGCCAUUAGAAAGUGAACACUGAUGAGAAUGCCAUUAGAAAGUGAACACUGAUGAGAAUGCCAUUAGAAAGUGAACACUGAUGAGAAUGCCAUUAGAAAGUGAACACUGAUGAGAAUGCCAUUAGAAAGUGAACACUGAUGAGAAUGCCAUUAGAAAGUGAACACUGAUGAGAAUGCCAUUAGAAAGUGAACACUGAUGAGAAUGCCAUUAGAAAGUGAACACUGAUGAGAAUGCCAUUAGAAAGUGAACACUGAUGAGAAUGCCAUUAGAAAGUGAACACUGAUGAGAAUGCCAUUAGAAAGUGAACACUGAUGAGAAUGCCAUUAGAAAGUGACCACUGAUGAGAAUGCCAUUAGAAAGUGAACACUGAUGAGAAUGCCAUUAGAAAGUGAACACUGAUGAGAAUGCCAUUAGAAAGUGAACACUGAUGAGAAUGCCAUUAGAAAGUGACCACUGAUGAGAAUGCCAUUAGAAAGUGAACACUGAUGAGAAUGCCAUUAGAAAGUGACCACUGAUGAGAAUGCCAUUAGAAUGCCAUGAAAUAGAUUUAUCAAUUAGGCACAAGCCUUAUGGUCAUAAGGUUUGCUGUGGAGCACGUGUAAAAGCUCCUCUGUGAAAUAGUCCAAAGUUAUGUGUUUAGCCAGUUGGCCUUAAGUGAUAGACAUGAGUCUAAAGCAAUGGAUGUUAGAAAUUAAAGUCUAAAAUUUAUAGUUUUUGUGUGUGUUGUAAAUAAGCUUAAAAUAAGGCUUUAAUCAUGGGCACCCACAUAAAUAUACAAAGGUGAAAUCCGCCUGAAAUUAAUAACUAAAGAGAAAAUGCUAAAUCAAUACAGCAUCUUAAAUUGAACUUAAUAAACAGUUGACAACCCUGCAAAAAAAGGUGGCCAUGUCCUAUUUUUUUAAUACCUUAUUUUUAUCAAGUUACCUAAAUUUGACCUAUUCCUUAGAUUGCCCUGCGUUUACACCAAACUACACUCGGAGGCAGGAAAAUCAAUGUUGAGUUCACAUCCAUUGGAGGAGGCAAAUCUGAAGCCAGGAAAGAAAAGCUCAAACAGAAGAAUCACAAACGGAGAAGAAUGAAGAUGCAAUGAGGGCACACCCUCUGAGAAAUCAUUGACCUUGACCUCACUGUAGCAUUGCCAUUUGACCUCAUUGUAUCAUUAUUGUGACUCUUUCUCACCUUGACAGUGUUCUAUGAAUGUAAUCAGGGUUUGUCUCUUACAGAUGUAAGCAAGGUAAGGAAAAAAGUAAAAUUUAAAAUAUAUGUAAUAUUUGCAGGAGUUCAGUUGAAUAGUGUUAACUUUAUUUAGAAUGAAAGCUGAUUGUCCAUUAAAGCAGGGAUGGCCAAGCUGCAUUGGACUGCACAGUAAAUAUUGCAGCCUGCAAUACAGCAUAUAUAUCACAAAUGAAAUUCUAUUUUUCUUCAUUAACCCUUUACAGUCCAAGCCUAUUCAUUCAGCCUUUUCUACUCCUAGCGACCAAGCAAGGGGACAUUACCCCAUUUUAAAUGAAGGUUCUUUAUCUAAUUAGUUUACAGAAAAUAAACUAAAAGCAAGAAAAUAAAAAUAUGUAAAUACAAAUAAAUGAUGUAAGGAAAAGCUCCACCCAAAAUGAGUUUCAGGGUCCCUCCCAUUUUGAUUUGUGAAAAAUUCCCAGACCACUCAUGAUCUUGCUAAUCAGUUGGAGUGGAAUUGAUAAGUCCGUUGUCAUCGAUGUCUCUACUAUACUAUUAUCUUCUUCACUUGAAUCACUAUCACUAGUAGCAUCAUUUAAAUUAAUGUCUCUAUCAAAUUUUUCACUUCCGCUGCUAGACUCAUGAAAUAGUGAAGCUUCAUUAGGCCUAAGUUCUUUCAGAAUUUUAUCCAAGGCUUGGAAAGCCAUUUUUUACACCAAAAAAAUCACAACUUUUAAAAAAAAUGUUAGAAAUUGAGCCCUUAAACACACUGCGUUCAAACUAGUAUCAAAAUAAAUGCAGACAACAAGGCUUUCUUCCGGUAGAACUAUAAAAAGUAAUGCAUGCCAGAUUUUCACUGUGCUAAGCGACAAAGUAAACGACCUCAUAACGUGCGGGUUUGGCAGCAACGGACUGUAGGCUUAAGGAAAAAUUUGGCGCGUUUCGGACGCAUCAGACUGUAAAGGAUUAAGAUUGCACCUUUUUCUCAUUCUAGUUAUACAUGCACAUGGUGUUUACAUGGCCUUUAUUUAAUUUGUUAGUGUAAUUAUAUGCUUCCUAUUCUGAACAUUGUUUAUUGAGAUGUUUGAAAACAUAAGUUUUAUUUUAAAAUUAUCUUUUGAAGAAGGAAUUGUCUGCUGAAGAAGGAAUCUACCUGAAAGGUCCGCUUAAAUUGUCUUGUACCGUAUUUUAUUUUGAAGCAUGAACAUAUCUUGUUCCACUGCAGUAUUUAUUUACAUUUUAAAUUAUUGAAUCAUUAAAAAAUUAUUAUUUUAAAACAGGUUUAUAUCUCGUUGAAAUGAUAAAAUCUGUUAAAAUGUAUUUAUGUGUGUGUAUUCUGAUCAGAGAAUUAUGUGCAAUAAGAAGUAAUAAAUAAUUAUGUGUAGCGUUCGGUCGGAUGGUGUUUAUUUAAUUGAUCAGUGUAGUGAGAUUGCAUUGUGCUAAGAGUUGACCUGUGGCCAAAAUGGCCAGUGAAGACAUUUUGGGUUGGCCAGCCCUGCAUUAAAGGAAUAUCAUCAUUUAAUACAGCGGUUCUCAACCUGUGGGUCGCGACCCCUUUUGGGGGUCGCACGACCCUAUCCCAGGGGUCGCCUCAGACCAUCUGAAAACACAUAUGCUCUACAUUUAUGAAGUAGCAAUGAAAAUAAUUUUGUGGCUGGGGGUCGCCACACCAUGAGGAACUCUAUUAAAGGGUCGCGGCAUUGCAAAGGUUGAGAACCACUG